AUGGACGCGGUGCAACGAAGCGGUGCGACGCCGGCGGACCAGACAGUCCAGAGGACAGUCACGGCGGCCACCCCGCUGCUCAACGCGCUUGCCAGGGAGUUCGUGCCCAUGGGCGCCGCCGCCGACGUGCUGAACCCACUCGCCAAGGAGUCUUUGCCCGUGGGCGCUGCCACCGCGCUUAACCCGCUCGCCAGGGAGUUCGUGCCGUGGUGGCGCGUUGGGGGCGGAUCAAGGAGGAGGCUCUGGGCGGAUGCGCCGGAGUUCGUCGUGACGCAGGGGCUCUACUUGCAGGACCUCAUGGUGGUAGGCUACCCUGCGCGCGGCACCAGCGUCUACAUCGGCAAUGCAGUCUCAACUAUGACCUGGAGAAGAUCAUCAAGGAUUAGGAACUACUCACAACAGGGAAGGACCAGGUAUUCUUACCGGGUUCAAAGGAUCCACGAUGCAGAAUUUGUGAGAAGAACAGUUUACGUUGGUGAUAUUGAUCACACUGUCACUGAAGAAAUGUUGGCUGGGCUCUUUGGGAUAUGCGGAGUCGUUGUAGAUUGUCGUCUUAGUGGAGACCCCACUUCUGGUUUUCGCUUCGCAUUCAUAGAGUUUCAGCAUCAGGAGGAUGCAGUUGUUGCGCUGCAUCUUGAUGGGAUCAUUAUAGGACUUCGCCCUCUGAAGGUAGAACCUUCUAGGACUGCAAUCGCGCCUAUCAAGCAUUUGUUUCUUCCUCAGUCUGAAGAUGAAAAGGAAAGGUCUUCAAGGACAGUAUAUUGCACAAAUAUUGAACAUAUGGUCACUGCCUCUGAGCUAAAGGACUUCUUCCAGACAUAUUUUGGCUCGGUUUCUCAUGUAAGGCUUUUGGGUCAUAACAACCAUGCCACUCAGAUAGCUUUUAUUGAGUUUGUGGAGGGUAGUGGCGCUAUUAUUGCUUUGAGCUCCAGCGGCAUAUACAUGAGAGGCCUUGCUAUCAGGGUGGUCCCUUCAAAGACACCAAUCAGGACAACCUUCAGUGAUAAUCCGCGCCUUGAUAGUUAA